UUCAAACACCUGUCAGCUUGUCACAGAGAAAAUACUUUCCCUCGCUCCGUUCACACACACACACCUGUCAGUCUACACACCUGUCUUUACCUAUACUCUCACCUGCUCUCACUCUACCUGUGUGGGAUUCUCUGUCGUUUGGGAGAGCGUCUGUAUCCAGAGAAAGUAGGGAGCCAGUUAGAGGAAUCACAGGAACCAGAUUGGGAGCCAGUGGAAGAAUCACAGGAACCAGAUUACAACCACCUACUAUGUCAAAAGAGGGGGAAAGAGCAUCAGUGUUGAAGACCACUAAGGUUCGGACCAAGCUGAAGGGAGAUGGCAGCUGGAUGCAGAGACUCAGUGAACCUCAGUCUGAAACAGAGGAAGAGAAACCAUGGAUGGCAGAAGUCAGAGUGAAUCGACUGAAUGGAGCCCCUAUAGACACCAGCCCAGUGGCCUCUCCCACAUGCAAGACCCCUCCAUCCCCCACCAGACCUGCAGAAGAUGGAACACCAUCUCCAGGAUACCUUAUCAGAGGGAUUUUCACCAAGACAGACACCAAGCCUGCUGCCACCUCAUCUACAUUCAAUAGCUUGAGUGUGUCAACAUCCAGCUUCACCAAGAGGCCUUCAGAGAGCUACAAGAGAAUAGCUCCUCACACAGUGCGUCCCACCUCAAACCUCCCAGUUCAAACUGAGGACCAGCUUUCCCUAGAGGAGAAGGAGAAACGAGAGGAAGCAGCCAUGGAUGUGCUCAGGACUUCUUCAGCCAGACAACGCUCCUACGUUCUCUCAGCUGCCAAGAAAUACGAUUCUACAGAGAAACCACUAGAAACCUCCCUGACCCCAGAUGUUUCAUCUUUUGUGGCUAAAAGGGUGGUGAUCACAGACAAUGACGACUCUGUCUUCACUGAGACUCCCUCUGUCCCCAAAGAACCAGCUGCUCCAUCUGUGAAAGACGUCUCUCCUGUAUGUGUGAAUGCUGUCUCUCCUGUCUCUGUGAAAGCUGUCUCUCCUGUCUCUGUGAAAGACGUCUCUGCUGUCUCUGCGAAAGACGUUUCUACUGUCUCUGCGAAAGCUGUCUCUCCUGUCUCUGUGAAAGACGUCUCGUCUGUCUCUGUGAAAGCUGUCUCUACUGUCUCUGUGAAAGACGUCUCUCCUGUCUCUGUGAAAGACGUCUCUCCUGUCUCUGUGAAAGCUGUCUUUCCUGUCUCUGUGAAAGACGUCUCUCCUGUCUCUGUGAAAGCUGUCUCUCCUGUCUCUGUGAAAGACGUCUCUCCUGUCUCUGUGAAAGACGUCUCUCCUGUCUCUGUGAAAGACGUCUCUCCUGUCUCUGUGAAAGACGUCUCUCCUGUCUCUGUAAAAUACGUCUCUCCUGUCUCUGUGAAAGCUGUCUCUCCUGUCCCUGUGAAAGCUGUCUCUCCUGUCCCUGUGAAAGCUGUCUCUCCUGUCUUUGUGAAAGACGUCUCUCCUGUGUCUGUGAAAGCUGUCUCUCCUGUCUCUGUGAAAGCUGUCUUUCCUGUCUCUGUGAAAGACGUCUCUCCUGUGUCUGUGAAAGACGUCUCUCCUGUCUCUGUGAAAGCUGUCUCUCCUGUCUCUGUGAAAGACGUCUCUCUUGUCUCCUUGAAAGACGUCUCUCCUGUCUCUGUGAAAGACGUCUCUCCUGUGUCUGUGAAAGAUGUCUCUCCUGUCUCCUUGAAAGACGUCUCUCCUGUGUCUGUGAAAGACGUCUCUCCUGUCUCUGUGAAAGCUGUCUCUCCCGUCUCUGUGAAAGCUGUCUUUCCUGUCUCUGUGAAAGACGUCUCUCCUGUGUCUGUGAAAGACGUCUCUCCUGUCUCUGUGAAAGAUGUCUCUCCUGUCUCCUUGAAAGACGUCUCUCCUGUCUCUGUGAAAGAUGUCUCUCCUGUAUGUAUGAAAGCUGUCUCUCCUGUCUCUGUGAAAGUUGUCUCUCCUGUCUCUUUGAAAGACGUCUCUCCUGUUUCUGUGAAAGUUGUCUCUCCUGUCUCUGUGAAAGACGUCUCUCCUAUAUCUGUGAAAGACGUCCUCCUUCCAGCCCCCGUCAUAGUUGACACCCCAGCAGUGAUUGGCCCUUCUGAGGGCAUGAAGCCAGGGUGUCCCAAAAUGGCUACUCCACUUCCUGAGUUGACAGUCGGGGUGAUGAAAAAACUGUCCCCAGAGAGGGGUGUCCCGUUGAGAGACAUCCCCCCAGUGUCCUCUGUAUUAGUGUCCCCUGUCCCAUGUAACCCAGUGAAGAAGAAUCCUGCCCCAGUGGACACACUGACAGCCCUGUCGGACACACUCAUCUCCUUCGACACAGGGUCAUCCAGUCUAGAACAGGAGUUGGUAAAACCCAUCCCUCCCAUCCCAGGAUCUUGGAGUCAGGAGCUUCUCAGUGGAUCAGACAGGCUCAGUUAUGCCGAGUCCGAGGAGGAAGAGGAGGAUCCGAGAGACGAGAAGCCACACAGAGAUAUUGAGGUAGUGUCCCCUGACAGUCCGACCCCAAGUACUGACUCCAGUGUGAAUGAAAAUGUGUUGGAGGCCCUUGAAGACGACUUUAUCCCCAUCAACACAAACACAACAAGACUGACGUGGAAGAGGUCAUGGGACGUCAACUCUAUCACUACCACAGACAAGAGUGAGGAGGAGGAGCCCGAGGAGCAGAAUCAACAGGUGUCCCUGGUUACGGUUCAGAAACAGUCAUCUAACAGUGAAUCACCAUGGGAUAGAUGGAGUGCACCAACUGUCUAUAAAGAGACAAGAGACCCAGAGCCUUCAAUGGACCGUUCUAGCUCCUACUCCAGGACCUUGGACAGUUCUGCCAACCAGAGACCCACGUCACCAGACACCGAGUCCAAGAAGGGUUUUGUGUAUCUGAAGGAGUACGUUAACGCUACAGACCUAACCAAGCACAACACCAGAGACAACGUUUCUGACUAUGUAACGUCUAGUUCUACCAGCUAUUCCCACAGCAGCCCCUCCUCUUACACCAGGACUACCACGACGUCUGCCUGUACGUACUGUGGAGAGCAGGUGGGCAACGAUGCCAAGAUCACCAUCGAGCACCUCAACAUCUCCUGCCACCCGGCCUGCUUCAAGUGUGGUGUUUGCAGUAAGCCAAUGGGAGACUUUCUGUACAACAUGUUCCUGCACAAAGGGACAGUCCACUGUGAGAGCUGCUACACCAACGUCUUGUAGAUUGCUUCUUCCCCUUGUCUCCUCGUCUCUUUUCCUUAAAAUGGCCACAGAGGUGACAAGACUAGAUGGCUGAUAUAACUGCUCUCUCCUAUCAAGACCUGUCGUCUGCUAACAGACAGGGGACACUGCACCUUUAAUUUGACAGGAAUUUCCAUGUGUCACAUUUUGUUUUCAGACCUUUGUAUGGGUCAUACUGAAUUGAAUGAGGUUAACACUGAAAUACUAUGGCAGUUAUUCUAUGGUUUAGGGUUGGUAAAGAUAAUAAUAUGAUCAUAUUACUGAUAUAGUUGAAUCUUCCGUCCGUUUCAAUGGCCACUUUUUUUGUUGCCUUUUUCUCCUUUAAAGGCCCAGUGCAGUCAAAAAACAUGAUUUCCUGUGUUUUAUAUUUCCACAGUAUGAGGUUGGAAAAAUACUGUGAAAUUGUGAAAAUUAUGAUAAUUCCCUUUUAGUGUAAGAGCUGUUUGAAAAGACCACCUGAAAUUUCAGCCUGUUUUGGUGGGAUGGAGUUUAGGACUGUCUGGUGACAUCACCAGGCAGUAUAUGUUAAUAGACCAAUAACAAAUAGAGUUUCAAACCUCUCUGCGAAUAACAGCUAGUUUUCAUGUUAGAUAUCCCUCCCAUUAGGCUCGUCCAGUUAGGACUCAGACCACUCCCAGACAGUCCUAGCUAAAUUCUUGCUUGAGAAAUUGCUCUUUGCUAAGAAGCAAUUUUUUAUUUUUAUUUUAGACCAUUUUAAUUGAAAACAAUCACAGUAAGAUACUUAAAUUGUUACCCAGAAAUGGUUUGACAUUGAGAUAUAUACGGCUGCAUUGUACCUUUAAUGUUGUAACUUGGUGAACGUAUUGUGAAAUAUGAAGAUACUGUAUGUAAAAGCCUCUAAAUAUUAUUAUGAC